AUGAGGUUUCCAGACUGCUCGUCCCGAUUGGCCUCGGCCCUGUUCUACCUAAGAGAUUACCUUGAAGCUCAUGGACUUACCCUAUCCGUCCCCAAAUGUAAAGCUGUAGUAUUCACUCGCAAAAAAAACAUUCCACCUAUAGAACUCUCCUUGGAGGGGCAAGAAAUUGAAAUUGUUAACUCGCCUCCACAAGCCUCAAUAUUUACUGGCGAAGCAGUCGCUCUAUAUGAAGCUAUCACCUACAUUAAAUCGCACAAUCAAGACAAAAGUAUAAUCUUGACUGAUUCUCUGAGCUGCCUACAGGACCUGAAGAGACUACCAUUUCACUCCAAGGAUAACUUCUUCCUAACCUUAAAAAUAAAAGAUAAACUUAGAGAAUGCCAUGAUGCCAAUUUGCAAGUAGUGUUGGCAUGGAUCCCUAGCCAUUCAGGCAUAACGGGCAACGAGGUCGUGGACCAAUGUGCUAAAGCUGCCAUACACCAGAGCUUCGCUUCUGACCAAAAAUGCUUUACUCGCGACAUAAGAUCUUCGAUAAGAUGUCUUCUAUUUGAAAAAUGGAAUAAAUUAUGGCAGCUCUCACGUAGAGCCAAGGGUCAACAUUACGGUAACUUACAGCCAAAUAUCCCUCCUAAACCCUGGUUUUUCAAGCACAAAGGCUAUUCUAAUGUUGUUACCUCGAAUAUUAUCAGAUUACGACUUGGACAUAUUUGUUCGCCAGUGCGCCUGGCCAAGAGCCGAAUAAGGGAUAGCUCUAUCUGUGAGUGUGGACUGGACGAAGGGUGGAUGGAUACUCUACCGAACACCGUCUAUACAUCACCGACGAUCUUUAUCGUACUGGCCGUGUGUUAUCCAACCUCGACACUGGCGGAAUCAUCAAGCCCUGAUGGAGCCAUAAUACACAAAAAUUGA